AUGCUGCUUUCUGUGGUCCUGCUGCUGGUUCUGCUAGCUGCCCUAAGGUGGCUAUGGAUGGAACUGACUGUCUCACCCCAUCACUUCCCACCUCUAGUCCCUGGUUUUCUUCACUUCAUCCACUCUGAUUUCCCAAGCCAUUUUUUGAGCCUUGCACAGAAAUAUGGGCCACUCUAUCGGCUUCACCUUGGGAUGCAAGAAGUGGUGGUGCUAAAUUCCAAGAAGGCAAUUGAGGAGGCUUUCAUGAAGAAAUGGAUCGAUUUUUCAGGGAGACCACAAACAUUCACUAUUCAAUUGGUAAGCAACGACAGCCAGGAUCUGUCUCUGGGGGAUUACACGCCACUCUGGAAGGCCCACAGGAAACUGGCCCGUUCUGCUCUUCUGUAUGUCCAGAAUAGCAUGGAGCCUCUCGUGGGACAGAUGGUACAAGACUUGUGUAAGAAGCUCCUUGCCCAGGCUGGCUCUCCUGUGAGCAUAUCUGAGGAGUUUUCCAUGUUCACUUGUAGCAUCAUCUGCUUCCUCAGUUUUGGAGAAAAGAGAAAGUCUUCAGUUCAGGAAAUUAACAGCUGCAUUGAGGAAUUGAUGAUAGCCUGGGACUGUUGGCAAGUCCAGAUUUUGAACUUCCUACCCUUUCUCAGGUUUUUCCCCAACCCAGGUCUCAGGAAGCUGAGGCAGAUAAUAAAGAAACGGGAUGGGAUUGUGCAAAAGCAACUGAGAUGGCACAAGGAGACAAUGGUGGAAGGACAGACUCGGGAUUUGACUGAUUAUAUGCUACAGAAACUCAGGGAACAAGGAGAAGGGCAAGGUCAGCUUUCUGAGGGACAUGUACACAUGGCUUUAGUGGACUUCUUCAUUGGAGGCACAGAGACCACAGCAUCCACCCUCACCUGGGCAGUGGCCUUCCUGCUUCAUCACCCAGAGAUACAAAGGCGGCUGCAAGAAGAGUUGGAUCAAGAGCUGGGACCAGGUUUUUCAGGAAGCCCUCCCAACUAUCAAGACAGAGCUCGGUUCCCCCUGCUCAAUGCUACAAUUACCGAGGUACUCCGGCUAAGACCUGCAGCCCCCUUGGCCCUUCCACACUGCACCAAACAGCCUAGCAGCAUAUGUGGUUUUGACAUCCCUAAGGAUACCAUUAUUAUCCCCAACAUCUUUGGUGCUCACCAUGAUGACAGUGUUUGGGCACAGCCAUAUGACUUCCGGCCUGAUCGUUUCUUGGAGCCAGAACUGAGUCCGUCAGGGAUCCCAUUCAGCUGUGGGGCCAGGGUGUGCUUGGGAGAGGCUCUGGCUCGCUUAGAGCUCUUCUUGAUCCUGGCUCACCUGCUCCAAGCUUUCACACUACUGCCUGUAAUUGAGGGCAGCCAUAAUCUGCCUUCUCUGAAGCCCACUUUUGGAAGCAAUAUAAAGGCCCAAGACUUUCAAGUGCGGCUGCUGCCUCGGCUGGAAUGAUAGCCUCUUCACUGUAGAGUGUACCAAUAAAGUGCCUAAAUGCAGGCCUUGAACCAGU